GACAAAAGAAAAACGUGCACAUUUUACGUGAUGUGUCGUCUACACGUCAUUGUAUUUUGGAUAAUUAAGAGUAACUGUUGUUCGGGCCGUCGGUGUUCUACGCAUCUUCUGCUCCCCAAUCCCCCAUCCCCUCCUCUCAGUCUCUGAGCCUCUGACCACUCCACAGUCCAUACACACGCUCCACCUAAUCCUCUUCUCCUCCCAGCACGCGCGCCCCGCGCCCGCUGCACACACAUGGACGCGAGCCAGGGCGUCCUCCUGUCCAGCUCCCUGGUCGCCGCCGCCAAUGGCCCCGCGUCGUGGCCGGAGCUGCUCGGCUCCCGGCACUGGGACGGCCUUCUCGACCCGCUCGACCUCACGCUCCGCCGCCUCAUCCUGCUCUGCGGCGACCUCUGCCAGGUCACCUACGACUCCUUCAACUCCGACUCCCACUCCAAGUACUGCGGCAGCUGCCGCUACUCCCGCUCCACGCUCUUCGCCCGCACCAUGUUCCCGGCCGCCGCCGACGUUGCCCCGGCGGCCUACCUCUACGCGACCUCCCAGGCGUCGUUCCCGGGCGGCAUCAUGGUGUUCUCGCUCUCCCGCGAGGCCUGGAGCAAGGAGUCCAACUGGAUCGGCUACGUCGCCGUGUCCACGGACGCCGCUGCCGCCGCCACGGGCCAGCGCGUCAUCUACGUUGCGUGGCGUGGCACCAUCCGGACGCUCGAGUGGGUGGACGUGCUCAAGCCGGACCUCGUCUCGCCCGACGGCGUCCUGCCGGAGGGGGACCCGGCCCUCGUCAUGAAGGGCUGGUACCUCAUCUACACAUCCAGCGACGAGCGCUCGCCCUUCUCCCAGCACAGCGCGCGGGACCAGCUGCUCGCCGCGGUGCGCGGGCUGGUGGCCGGGUACAAGGGCGAGAGCCUCAGCAUCGUGUGCACCGGCCACAGCCUCGGCGCGUCGCUCGCCACGCUCUCCGCGUUCGACAUCGCGGUGAACGGCGUGUCGAGGGUCGCCGGCGCCGACAUCCCCGUCACGGCCAUCGUGUUCGGGAGCCCCCAGAUCGGGAACCAAGAGUUCAAGAAGCGGUUCGAGGAGCUGCCCAACCUGCGCGCGCUGCACGUCAGGAACGAGCCCGACCUGAUCCCGUUGUACCCGAGCGGCCUCCUGGGCUACGCCAGCGUCGGCGACCUCCUGGCCGUGAACUCGAAGAAGUCGCCGUACGUGAAGGAGAGCACCACCAACGUCGGCGACUACCACAACCUGCAGGGCAUCCUGCACACGGUGGCCGGCUGGAACGGGAAGGACGGCGAGUUCAAGCUGCAGGUGCACCGCAGCGUGGCGCUGGUGAACAAGUCGUCCGCGUUCCUCAAGGACGACAACCUCGUGCCGGAGUCAUGGUGGGUGGAGCGGAACAAGGGGAUGGUCAUCGGGGAAACCGGGCUGUGGCAGCUCGAGCCGCCUGCCGAGGAGAACCUGCCCGUCCCGCCGGUAGUGACCGGGAAGGUCAUCGGCGACGACGUCGCCGCCGCCGCUACCACGGCUAGCAAAGAGACGAAGAUGCCGGCGGAGGACAAGAAGAAGGGGACCGGAGCUAAUCUUUUCUCGGCAUGCUUUAGAGUUUAGAGGGGUCAAUCAGUUUGUUCAUAGGAUUAAUUUGAAUGGUUGAAUGUUUGAACGAUCUUUAAUUUGCUACUAUUGGUGUGAUGUGAUGGUGCUUAAGCUGUGUUUACUUCACAAAAAGGUUUGGAUUUUAUUACUGUA